AUGGAAUUCCUUAAGUUUCCGUUUCUUGCCCAGAAAGUGAUUAUUCAUCAAAUGGAUCUUGACGAUGUGUUCCUCGUGUCGCUAACAAAUUUGAGAGUAUUCGAUGUAAUUCGGCGUGUACCGUGGAAACACGUCAAGGCAAUUUCCUAUAAAAAUAGACGUACUCACACUUCUGUUCUAGCUGUGAAGAGUCAAGCUGAUUUAACAAAAGUUUUGGAAAUAAGACCUUCCAAACGGUCAAGUCGUGAAAUAUUGCAUUUGACGGCCAGUUCUGGAUUCAAUAUGACAUACAAUCUGCCAACUGACUCUGAAGCAUUGACAAUUUUAUUUAAUGAUCAUGGUGUGAAUGAAACAUCGUUGUUUGUGCACGAACACCUUGGAAAACUGUUCGGCAAGCACCUCCAGUUCGGAUGUAUUCUUACUUCUUAUGAUAUGAUAUUCCUCCCAGCAGUGGUUCCUAUUACGUCCAAUGUUUUAAUUUUGCACUACAACGUUGAUCCUGAGGAACUGAAUGGUCAUGUUGCAAACAUGAAUGAACAGGAAUAUCUGACCAUAUCAAACAAGAUGACUCUGCUUCCUAAAAAUCAUCAAAAGUAUAUGACAUCGAAAAGUCUGUACUUUAUUAAUACGGGUUCUUUGGCACCAGACAUUCUACAACGAUUCGAAGGACAGGAUGUUGUUUUACUGGAAGCUAAAUGCAAGGUUCGCCAUGUUAUCGCAUUUGUUGAUUCCUGGAAAAAAGGAAACUCAUCGAAUAAUUUGAAGUCUCUGCGAAUUCAGUUGGAUUCGGCGUUAUCAUUUCGUCCGGAAACUGUAUCAAAUUUUCUGAAAUUUAAACACUUUUCUGUUUCGCGAGAUCCGCCUCGUUUUUGUAGAACUGUCAGAAAAUACUUCGGAGCAGAAGAAACAUUGGAAGAGCAUGACUUGACUAUUUCAACAUAUGUAGUGAGGGAUACCGAUAAAAGAGUUGCAUCAAUCAGUAUUUCUGAAGACCGUUUUGAUUUUUGUGUCUGGAAUUGGAAUGAACGGCAAAUGAUGGAACAAGGAUUUAUUGAUCAUGACACCUCUUGA